CAUCUCAGCGUCAUUCACGAACGGCACAUUCACAAAUGAAACACACAGUCCAACAACGUGCCCUUGCGCGAAGGAAACUAAAGAAAACCCAAUGAACUUUGCACUAGGAGAACUCCACAGCUGCGGCGCGGAGGAUUGGCCUGGCGGUGGGUGAUGCCAGCCAAUCACCGCGCGACAAACGGCCGUAACCGUGCGUUUGAACCAACGUCAACUCUCGCCAAAACUCAGUCAAACCACACGGCGAGACGAGAGGAGGACGUGGGCAGCGACCGCUAGACGCGUGAGAGAUCGAAACGCGACAUUGCACAGCCGUAUUAGCGCACGACGCGUGGCAUGUGAGAACAUUGUGAGAAUAAAACGACCUUUCGCCUGCUCGCUCACACAAGCGCACGAGGAACCCGUAGAAUCACGUAGGUAAAGCGCGCACGUUAACAUGUUCCAAAUACGUGUCCUCUACCGGCGUCGCGGGGGAUGCACCUCUCGCUCCAGAGCGGCGCGACUCCACCAUGUUUCGGCCGCACGUAAUUUCGAAUAAAUAUUUCGCCGGUGACCUUCGUGCUUCCUCUCCCGUGGCACCCGCGAGGGCAGCUUUCGAUGAUCUCGUUGCGAUCGUUUCCCAUUCGCAACCGAGCGCAACGGACCCGGAGUCGCGGAGUCUCGCUCCUGCCUGUUCCCGCGUCUUUUUCCUCUGCUCUGGGCGCAUCGUUCGCGAGAACCGAAAAAAAACUUUCGUAUAGAUCUUGAGAUUCAUCACUGAAUGUCACGCGAAUUCCUACGUCGGCGGAAAGCGGGAUAGUGCCACUUCAUUUCGGCGACGACUCCGGCGAUCUUUUUGGUACGGGGUGCACGGGAGACGCGUGUGUCCGAGGUGUCGAGAUCGCUACGAGACGCGAGUUUCUGUGUACGAGCCGAGGGUCACACGUUAACCUUCGAUCGUGCUCAAAAGCAUCUCGAAAUAAUUAGAUAAGAAAUUGAAGCACCAAUUCAUCAGAUCUGCAAAAUGGCACCUCCAAAGGUAUUACUUGGACAAAACAGACAAAACAGCACUGCAACCUUGAGAAAAGGAAUAACAACCAGAAGUCAAAAUUCUUUAUUGAACAAUGUUUUAAAACCAUCUAAUACUGGCAGAGAAACUCGCACCAAACGAAAAGCAGAAGUUUCACCAUUGAAGGAAAAAACGCAUAAAAGAUGUGCUUUUGCAAACAUCACCAAUGCCAUUACUACAUCAUUAGGAGGACAAAAUCAUGCAACAAAAAAAGCGAUUAUUCAGCCCAAACCAAUUGAAAGUAAUAUUGUUUUAGAAAAAUCUGCAGAUAUUACAUCAAAAGGGGUAUCGACGAAAAUAAAACCGGUGCCUCGUGUUAAGCCUAUCAUCAAAAAAGAUGAUAAAACAGAAAUUGUCAAUAAAGUUGUAAAUAAUAGACGAAGUGUAGAUUUAGAAAAAUCAGAGGAUAAUUCAUUAUACGUCAGUGCCUUGGAAGAUGUUAAUGAUAGCAUGAAAAGGACUCGCAGGAGCAAUAAUAAGGUCGACGAAAAAACUAACGAGAAUCAAAUAGAGACAACUGACAAAAGAGAAUUUACACUUCCCGCGCAUGAGAAUAAAGUUACCGCCGCAACUUUGGUAAAGGCUAUACCUGUAACACAAUUGCCUGAAGGUGUCCAGUGGGAUUUUGAUGGCGAGAAUUGGUUAGAUCCAUAUCAAGUGUCGCAUUAUGUGAUGGAUAUCUUCGAAUAUCUGAAGGAGCGAGAACACCUAUUCCCUAUCGGCGAUUACAUGGACCGACAAAUAUGUCUUUCGCAAUGGAUGAGAGCGCUAUUAGUAGACUGGAUGGUCGAAGUUCAGGAGUCAUUCGAAUUGAAUCACGAAACUCUGUAUCUAGCUGUAAAACUGGUUGAUUUAUAUCUAACAAAGAUGACUGUCGGAAAAGAAACUUUACAACUGCUCGGCGCUGCAAGUCUUUUCAUAGCAAGCAAAUUUGACGAAAGAAUACCACCAAUGGUAGAAGAUUUUUUGUAUAUAUGUGACGGUGCUUACACACAAAGGGAGCUAAUCAAAAUGGAAAUUAAUAUUUUAAAAGUAGUCAAUUUUGAUCUGGGAAUACCUCUUUCUUACAGAUUUCUUCGGCGCUAUGCUAGGUGUGCUAAGGUGUCUAUGCCCACGUUAACUCUGGCUCGGUACAUAUUGGAGCAUUCACUGAUGGAUUAUACAAUGAUCAGAUUUAGCGAUAGCAAAAUAGCAGCAGCGGCGUUACUAUUAGCGUUGCUAAUGAAGGACUUGGGAGGAUGGACACCAACAUUAGAAUAUUAUAGUAGUUAUAAACUUGACGACAUAAGAGAUAUUUGCAACCUUUUGAACAAUAGUCUACAUAAAGAGCAUAAAGAAACAUUAAAGACUGUCUACAGCAAAUACAGCCACAAGAUUUUCUUUGAAGUAGCAAAGCUGCCCCUAAAGGACACUUUAAACAUUUAAAUAGAAUAAAAAUAUAAUUAAAAGUAACUGAAAUAAUUUGUAAGUCAAAGGAAUAUCUCAAAUUCAGUAUAAGUACAAACAGAUUGAACCAUUUUGAUAACACGGAAUUAGGAGUUAAGACUAGUCGUAUCAAUUGUUGGAUAGUUUGAAUGUUAAGUGAAUAUUAAGAUAUGAUCGUUAGCAUAGUGAAUAGUGAACGUUGCUCUCCAAAUUGUAUAAUGUGUGAAAAAGCGUAAAAAAAUCUCGAAUGCAUAUCGAAAACUUUUACCGCGAAACUGAUUUUUUUACGGGUACAUACUACAUAGCGUAUAUAUUGACUUAUUAUCUUUAUUAUUAUUAUAUUAUCUUUAUUAUUAUUAUAUCAUUAUUUAUAUAAAUAUAUAUGUGACGCGGUAAUAUCUAUAUAACUUUACAGUCUUUACUAUUUGUAUAAGUCAUUUUUAUUCAUUCUUUGUCUUUUUUUAUUAAAAAUUUAUUUUAGCGCCACGCUUUUAUACCAUGCGAAAUGAAUUCUCAACCUAAGAUUUGAUGUCGAGUUUUUCUACAAUACGCGAAAAUAGACUGAAAAGUAAUGCACGUAUGGUCCAAUUAACUCUUGAACAAAAUAUGUAUAUUUUUAAAUAAUUUAAAGAUAAAAUAAAAUUUAUUUUUUUAUUUUAAUCGCAUUGUACAAUUUAAUAAAUUCCCAAUGGAAAAUUCUUUUGAUGACAUGUCCGUUUAUUUAGUUUCGCCAUUCAUGAAAGAAUAUGAAAAAAUACAAAUUACAUAAUGUAAGCCCUAAAUUGAAUGUUUUACGACUGUUGCUCUGUUGCGACAUUCAUACGUACGUAAUUUUGAAGCAAUCAAAUUCACACAUUUAUAUUGUUUAUCAUGCAUCGAGCAACAAUAUCUUAAUCAAUUUUUUAACAAUGACUGAAUUUUAUACUGCACAUAUUAGAUCUAAUUAGUGUAAAACCUGAUUUUAUUUUGACGAUUGUUCAAAAAUCAUUGACCAGAGUUAAUUUUUAUAAAGAUAACAUUUGUUAAGAAGACAACACUGUCCCUAUCUCAUUUCUCAGGGUAGUUGACCGUAUGCGUUGCUUUUCAGACUGUCUUUUCAUGAUUAACUUCAAUCUUUCGAUGACUUUCGUGACUGACGAUAUUUUUGAAUUAUACUAUCAAUCGCUAAUUGAUAAUGCGAAUACGAUUACGCUCAAGCGAAAACUGUGCCAGCUCUCACCGUCAUAUAAAGAAUGUGGCGCAUUGUUACAUAUCAUUGUUGUAUUUACAGUUAGGCUUCCUUAUUUCUUCUUCAUUAGGAUCAAGCUAGCUUUUCUCGUCUUUCCCCUCCAGUCUCCACAUAUUCAAGUAUUAAGUAGUUGUUAGGUUUAAUCAUUAGAAUAUGAUUGGAAGCUGAAGAGUGGGAAGAACACGGAGAAACUAACUCAAUCCGCGUAAGGAAAUACAGCGGAAGCUAAACUGUACAUAGACUAAAGCUUACAUUGUUGAAGAACUCGGAAAAUUUGUUACAGUCAUGAGUGAGAAAAAAUAUUCAUCACAGACAAUUAGAUGACAAAAAAAUUCAAUAUUAGGAAUAUAAUAUCCUACUUCUGAUACGUGGAGAAUAUCUACCUUAGAGAGUAUAAUAUCUCCUGUGUACAUUUUUAGCAACGUAAGAAUUCCUUUUUUUUUAUUAUAUUCUCCUUCAUUGAAACUCGUAUUUGUGAGUGGCAAAUGUUUUGUCAUUUUGCUGUCAAAUGUAAAUUUAUGCAAAGUAUAUUGAAAAAAUUUUUGGGCAAUUAUAUUAAUUUAUUAUAAAGUUAUACUUAGAAAUCGCUACUUUAAAAAUUAAAGAAAAAAUUGGCUUAUAUACUCUUGUAUCCUACUGAAACGAAGAGAAAUUAUAAAUUUGAAAGAGUCGCAAUUUAUAAAUUCGACGUUUCGAAACCUAAUAGUAUGACAUAUCUUUCUUAUCUAGACGAAAAUAUUCAGGUGAACAUCAAUAGGAAAUGAAAAAAUCUCAUCUGUGAUAUCAAUACUUGCUUGUAAUUCACAGAACUAAAACGAUAAAUGCGUGUGUGGUGCACUUUUUCUUUCUAAAUGCAUCUAAGGAUGCUUCUAAAUGCAUCUAAAGGAUGGUUAUUAAAUCCUUUAACGUGAAAAAUAAUUAUAAGUUCAUAAUUUCGACGUUUUAUUUUGGAUAUAAUUUUGCAUCUCAAAUGGACAACAAACGUAUAAGUAAAAUUUAUAUACAUAUACUGUACAUAUAUACGAUUAAUCGUAGAUUUUCAUCUAUACAUAUAUGUGCGCGAUCGUAAGAUUUCUAAAUUAGGCUAGUAUGUAUAUAGUUAUUUUUCUACUAUUUUAAUAAAAUAUGUUGAUUAUAUCGAAAAAAAUGUGUGCAUGUGCAUUAAAAAUAGGAUGUAAUAAAAUUGUAAGAAUACUUAUUA